GAGGAAGCGAGGCAGGCAGUAUAAAAGGCGUCGACACCUGUACAGCAGCAGUCCACAUCCAGACUACAAUCAACUGAUACCAUGAAGCUGCUAGUGAUCACGGUGAGCGCCGCCCUCCUGGUUGGAUCGUGCAUGGCAGGUGGCUCCUACCAUCAUGGCUCUAGAGGCGGAUUUAUCUCACACGGAGGUAACAGAGGCAUCUCUGGUGGUAUCGGAUUCGACUCCCAUGAGUUCAUUGGAUCACCUGUGAUCUCUUCAGGAGGUCAUGGUGGUUCCUACUAUGGCUCUGGUGGUCGCGGUGUCAAUAUCGUUCGGGCCAUUGGUGGCUUCGUUGGUUCAUCAACUAUUGGUGGCGGUUAUGGCUCCAGGGGCCUUGGUGGCUCCGUCGGUGGUGGCUCCUUCGGUGGAUCCAUUGGUCGUGGCUCCGUCGGUGGUGGCUUCGGUGGACCCAUUGGUGGUGGCUCCAUCGGUGGUGGCUCUUUCAUUGGUCAGAGAGGUUCCAUUGGUGGUGGCCGUAGUUACGGAAGAUAUUAAGUUACUGAACUAAUUAUACUGAUGUAUGAUAUUUGAUAUUUUUUUUACUCUACACGAAAAAAUACAAUAAAACUCUACACCUUAAA